AUGGCGGCGGCUGCUGCUGCCUCCUUCCGUGGCCGUGAGGGGAAAGUAAGGGACACGCCGAGAAGGAGAGUGGACUGUGGCUCGCUCUCUUUCCUUGCGUGUGCCGCCUCAUUUGUGUCGCUGUGGGUCCAAUUCCAGUGCGUGUGUUUGUGGCCGGCGGGGCGCGUGUUCGCGCUGGGUGUCUUUUGCCGGCCGCGAGUUUUGUGCAGCCAGUUUCUGCGGCUGCGCUCCGCUGCUCUUCUCUGCUCCGUCGUGGGUGACUGCCGGCGCCGCGUGUCUUUGUUGCGUGUGCGCGUUCUGCCGCGUGGACGCAUUGGGCCGCUGCCGCCUUUUUCUUCCUCCUCUCUGCGCUCGCUCUCUCCGCCGCACCCUUCGCUUCCUCCACCUCAUUCUCUUGUUUAUUGCUUCCUUCCCGCAGCCCCGCAGCCCACUGCGACUCUACUGCCACUAUUUUUACUGAUGCCGACGCUGCCGACGCUGCGGCGCCGUGCGGGGUGCGCCCUGGCGCUCCUCGCGCUGCUCUGCGGCUUAUGCUGCUGCGCCUCCGUCGGCGACACGGCGGCGACUGCGACUGAGGCGACGGUGGAAGUGUCAUGUUCGAACACCGGCAAUAAGUUAAGUUGGCGCUUUCCCGGCGAGGCUGCCUGGACGCCGUGCAGGAGUUCUGAGAUGGGGGAACGAAACGUGGACUGUUUGCACUUGUGCAGGGACGCCGAAGAGCAGUACCAGGUUUGGCGGUGUGCCACGGCGUGUGCUGGAGCCAACGAGAGCGCUGUUGCGUUCACGAUGAAAUAUUCUCUUUUUGAAGGAGAGCGCGGGUUUUGCAGGGAAUUGCCGACGUCAAGCGCUGCCGCUGCCGCCGCCCUCUCUGAGAAGCCAGACAUU